AAAACUCCAACCAGCAAACCAAGAACCUCAAAAUGAGACCCAAAUUACUCCUUACCCUUCUCGCCUUCUUCUUCCUCAACCCCCACUCCCAAUCCCAGCCACAACCAUUAGUCCCACCAGUCACCCAAGGAUUCACCUGCAACCCCAACCGAACCCGAACCAGAUGCCAGGCCUACGCUCUCUACCGAGCUUCCCCUCCCAAUUUCCUCGACCUAGCCUCCAUAGCCGACCUCUUCUCCGUCAGCCGCCUCAUGAUCUCCAAACCCACCAACAUCUCCGACCCAUCUGCUCCUUUGCUCCCUAACCAGCUGCUCUUCGUCCCCAUCACUUGCUCCUGCAACGCAAUCAAUUCCACCCUCGCCAUCUCCUCCGCUAACCUCGACUACACCAUCAAAUCAGGGGACACUUUCUGGUUCGUCUCCACCGACCACUUCCAGAACCUCACCACUUACCAAUCGGUCGAAAUCGUCAACCCUACCCUCGUCCCGACGAAGCUCGAGGUCGGGGACAGCGUGAUUUUCCCGAUCUUCUGCAGGUGCCCGGACCAGACCCAGAAAUCGAAUCAGGUCAAUUUCAUGGUCUCGUACGUUUUCCAGCCUUCCGAUACGCUGUCCCGGCUAGCUUCGACUUUUGGGGUUUCUGCGAAAUCGAUCUCCGAUGUGAAUGGAAACAGUAUCAAGCCGCUUGACACGAUUUUCAUUCCGGUCAAUCGGCUUCCCGUUCUGCCGGAUUCUUCGAAUUCGAGUCGUAAUAGUUCCUCUCCUCCUCCUCCUCCUCCUUUGCCGCCUCCUAGUUUUGUUGAUAAGGAGAGGAAAGGUUUGAUUCGAGGAUUGGCGAUUGGGGUUGGGGUUUGUGGGGGUUUCCUGGUUUUGCUGAUUGGGUUUGGGGUUUACAGAGAGGUUGCGUUGAGGAAGCGAGGUGGGGACGAAGAAGAGGAGAAGCAGAAGCGGGAGUUUUUCGUGGGGAAAGGGUUGAAGGAAAUGGAGGCCAGUUUAAUGGCGGAUGUGUCUGAGUGCUUGGAUAAGUACAGGGUGUUUAAGAUCGACGAGUUGAGAGAUGCUACUGAUGGGUUCAGCGACGAUUGCUUGAUUGAAGGCUCUGUUUACAAAGGCGAGAUCGAUGGAGUUCAGUAUGCUAUCAAGAAGAUGAAGUGGAAUGCUCGUGAAGAGCUCAAGAUCUUGCAGAAGGUUAACCAUGGCAAUCUAGUCCAACUAGAAGGCUUCUGCAUCGACCCUCAAGAAGCCAACUGCUACCUAGUCUACGAACACAUUCAAAACGGCUCGCUCCACUCCUGGCUCCACACCGACGACAAGAGGCGACGCGAGCUGAGCUGGAAAUCGAGGGUUCGAAUCGCCAUCGACGUAGCGAACGGCCUCCAGUACAUCCACGAGCACACCAGGCCUCGAGUGGUCCACAAGGACAUCAAGAGCAGCAACAUCCUGCUCGACGCCAACAUGCGCGCCAAGAUUGCAAACUUCGGGCUGGCGAAAUCCGGCUGCAACGCCAUAACGAUGCACAUCGUGGGUACUCAGGGGUACAUUGCCCCCGAGUACCUGGUCGACGGGGUGGUGUCGACGAAGAUGGAUGUGUUCGCCUUCGGAGUCGUGCUGCUCGAGCUCGUUUCGGGGAGGGAAGCGGUCGACGAGGAGGGGAAUGUGCUGUGGGGUGAAGCUGGUGGGAUUGCGAUGGAAGGUGGAGGGAAGAGUCCUUCUCCUGAAGGGAGGAAGCUGGAGAAGGUUAGGAGCUGGGUCGAUGAAGCGCUGAUGGAGGAGUCGUAUUCGAUCGAGAGCGUGGUGAAUGUGGUGACCGUGGCGGCGGCUUGUGUGCAGAGGGAUCCGGUGAAGAGGCCGAGCAUGGUGGAUGUUGUUUAUGCUCUGUGUCGGAGCGAUGAGUUGUUUUUUGAUGUCUCGGAAGAGGGGUUGAACAACCCUAAUGUGACUGCUAGGUAGGAGGAGGCAUUGUAAUUUUGUAAUGUCAUCAUUCUGUAAAGUGAUCAAAUAAAAGAGUGACAAUACAAGAGAGGAGUGUGUGUCUCCAAGAGUUGGAGCAGAUGGAACGUUGGAACAGGGGAAGAUAUCAGUAUAAGUAGAUUCCGGGCUUUGGUAAUAUUCAAAUGGGCUCUAAUUGUCCCCUUGUUGGAUUGAUGAUAAAGAAACGUGGGCCACCAACACCAACUAGAUCAUUAUGGCUCGGCUCGGCCCGUACCAUACCAUGAUAUUACUGAUCUUAGGGGUUGUUUGGAAGUUGUGAUUGUUAAAUGGAUGUAUUGUUGUGAAUACAUGUAUAAUAUUAUACAUGUAUUGUCGAAUUUGAUGCAUUGUAGAAUACAACGUUUGGUAUGUC